CUGACCUCCUGACGCCCUGCUGUGAGCGCCUGUUUCUAACGUCAGCUUCCGUUCACCACCGCGGUCAAUAAGCGCGUUACCCUCAAUAACAUAUCUGGACCCGAGCUGAGGAUCUAUCGGUUGAAAACGUAGCACGUUAGCUUUCGGACACUAGAUAGUGAACGAAGGAACAUUGGUGUCAGCUGUCGGGGAUCUGAGGCUUGAGGCCCGGGGGAGGUUUGGGGAUCUAAGACUCGAAGCCCGGGGAAUUCUGAGGCUCGAGGCCCGGGGGAGGUUCGGUCUGAGGUUCGAGGUCCGGGGGGUCUGAGGGUUGCGGGGCUGUCGGCAGCGGCUGGAAAGUUUGUUGUUGUCACGUGACGUCAGACGAAUGUGGCCGUAAAGUUUUAUUUUAGCAUCCAAAGCCGGCGGCGAACAACCGGGUUCACCCCCACCAACAACCCCUCCCAACACCAUGCCUCAGCCAAAGUACCGGAAGAUCGCGGUGAUCGGUUACCGAUCUGUAGGCAAAUCCUCUCUCACCAUCCAGUUUGUGGAAGGACAGUUCGUGGACUCCUAUGACCCCACUAUCGAAAACACCUUCAACAAAAUGGUUUCUGUCAAUUGCCAAGACUUCAAUCUUCAGUUGGUGGAUACGGCCGGACAGGACGAGUACUCAAUCUUCCCCCAGUCCCACUCCAUGGACAUCCAUGGCUAUGUUCUGGUCUAUGCAGUGACCUCCAUGAAGAGUUUUGAAGUUGUGCAGGCUCUACAUGACAAGUUACUAGAUAUGGUUGGAAAGAUACAGGUUCCUACCGUUCUCGUAGGAAACAAAAAAGAUCUGCACAUGGAAAGAGUCAUCAAGCCAGAGGAAGGGAAGAAACUGGCCGACUCAUGGGGGGCUGCUUUCAUGGAGUCCUCCGCCAAGGAGAACGAGACCGCCGUGGAGGUGUUCAAGCGGAUCAUCCUGGAGAUGGAGAAGGCGGACGGGAACAUGCCGUCGGAGGAGAAGAAGUGUGCUGUGAUGUAAAGGCGUCUCCCAGUGACCGUGGAGACGACUCGUAUGCUGAAGACAGGCGGUACCCCUCACCAGCCCUCCCACUCCCCCCCCCCCCCCCCCCCCCCCCAUCAGCCCUCCUACUCCCCCACCAGCCUGCCCACUCCCCCCCUCCCCCCCCAUCAGCCUGCCCACUCCCCUCCCACCAGCCCGCUCACUCUCGCCUCCCUGCUGAGGACAGGUGAUGCCACACCAGCCUGCCCCCUCUCACCUCACCAGCCCCCACACUCUCCCCUCACCAGCCCCCACACUCUCCCUUCCCUGCUGAGGACAGGUGGUACCCCCACCAGCCCGCUCACUCUUCCAUCGUCAAGGAGCUGCGUGGCAUUUCCUUUCUCCGGACUCCAUCCUAACAGCUGAUUGGGUUAGAUACAGCCAGGGGCUCAAACAACUGACCAAUGAGCUUAUCACUUGUAAUUAUAGGGAACGAUUUCUAUGAGCAAGAUGAAAAAUAUUGUUUUUGAUUGAUUUCAAAGUGUUUUCCUUCAUAAAGGAUUUCUAUAUUUUCUUUUCUUUUGUUAAUAUAGGUGACUUUAUAUGAACUUUGGGAUUUACCCAAACUUAUAUAAGACAAGAUAUUGCCAAAUGUACCAAACAGUACAAAAACCAAGUGAAUGUUUUGGAUUGAUUGGCAUCUGUCAGGUCAUUAGCUGAAAUAGUAAAACCAUGAAGGAUGGACGGUUCUUAGGAUUGAUAUUAUUCCUGAACUCCCAAACUUAUAAAUAAUUUCCCUGCCCUGACACACAACUGUUACAGUUCAUAAUGCUACAAAUGUUAUUUGGAAUGCGAUUCUAAAUUAGACAAAUUGGUUUAUAACUGAAUAAGGUUAAUUGGAAAGAGAAGUUCACUUUAAUGUAACAAUUUUUCACUGUACAUUUAAGAAAUUAAACGUUGGGUGCCUUUAGACUAAAUUGUAAAAUGUGUGUUAAUGACAAGUCUAUUUCUAUACUCCCGAUCAUAGUUUGAUUCUUGAUUAUGCCCCUCCCUUUCCUACAGUUCUUUUCUCUUCUUGGUAGACCAUAAUGUGUUAUCUGGCGGAUAACCUGAUUAUAGCAUCGGUAAGAUCAGUGAUGUUUACAAGUUGUGUCUAUAGAAAUAGAAUCUUAGAAGCUGGUAUAAUAGUUUUGGGUAUCUUUGAAUGAUGCAGGUUUGCUUUUCCCCUAAAUAUUUUUAGUUGAUUAUAUGCAUAAUUAUAUGAUAUUUGAGUAGAAGAUUCACUUUAAAUAGAUUUUUUAACAGUGGCUCUCGCAGUACAUUGAUGGACAUACUCUUCCCAUGGUGCAUAAUUUCCAUUUAAUUUGCAGAUACAAGGAAAUGAACACUGUCCAGAACAUGAGGCCUUCUGAAGCCUUUCAAAGUCACACUAGCCUUACACAGAAAGGUGGCUGUGUUCUCCUCUACAUUAUAUAGCGUUCUGCCCAUAGUGGCCACUUGUUGUUUGGGGUUUUUAUUUGUAUUGAGUGCUUCUUGGAGUAGUGGGUUGAGCGUGGGUCGUAUUGAGAGAGGCUGUGUCUUGUGCCUUACAGUUCAUACACCCCCCCCACACACACACACACAUGCCUCGUGAGCCGUCCCCCAGGUGUCUGAGCCUCAGGACGGUCUCGUGCCGGCCCCCCUUUAUGAUUCAAGGUGCUUCCCCCCCCCCCCCUCCCCCAGAGCUGACCGGUCCCAGGGGGAAUCUCAUGGUGUGACUGGGCAUCAAUGUUCUCAGGUGGGGCAAUGGUAAUUCAGAACACUUGCUGUAAACAGUUUUGUAUAUAAAUAAAUCCUUUACUCCUUUGA